GUGGCAUGCCUUGUAAAGAUUCUUGCGGUACUGGUGUUUUUUUUUUUUUUUAAUCUCUUCCCAUCGCCAUCGUUGUUCCAGUCCGUCCGAGGCAGCGGAGCGGCUACCCUCCGGUGCGGGCUCCGGCGAGCACGCUCCUCCUCCCUCGGUAACAGUCUUGAAAAAUAUGUGGAAAGCUAAGAGGGGCGGUGGUGAUCUCCCUAGAAGCUUUCAUAAGAAUAGUAGAGCCUUCAAGAAUGAGUGGAUCUCAGGUGACCUCCUUCGGAACUCUAAGCAAGAUGUUUGGACUGGUCUCAGUGAUGGGCUUAAAUCAUAUUUGUCUAAAAGUGUCGCUUCUAUUAUUUUGUUCAAUGGAGACAAAAUCUUAUUUUCAUGCUCAGGCAUAGCUAUAGAACACCAGUUUUUUACAAAGUUUUUGACUACUGCAACUCUGGUUAGAGCUCUUAAUGCUACGACCAAACACCAUGAUGACUUAAAGAUUCAAGUGCGCCUUGACGGCACCAGACUGUAUGAUGGGUAUAUGGCUGAAUAUGAUUUGGAUAAUGACUUUUCUGUUGUCGAAGUCUAUAGUGUCCGUGAUGUUCAGGUUGGACCUUUCCAAAGUGCACUUGAAAGUCUGCCCCAUGGUGAGGUAUUAGCUGUAGGGCAUGACACCUCCGGCGAAAUAAUGGUCGAGACUGUGGAGUUGAAUGGCGAUUCAAAGGUAUCCGAGGAUGAUAGAGAUCUUCAUUGUAAAAUCUCAAAGCCUUGGGAAGGUGGGCCGCUUCUUUCUGUUGAUGGGGAUAUGGUUGGCAUGAACCUUUUUUUUACCAAUAGAAGAGCCAUUUUUCUACCAUGGGGCACAACUCUCAAUCAUUACUUGACAUUCGUGCAAAAGAAGACUGGCCUUGUACAAUAAAAAAAAAUGAAGGUUCACAGGCCUGAAGCAUCCAUAGGUGAGAAAUCUAACAGCCAUCCAGAAGUACAUGGAGAUUUUCUCAACCAGGAACAGUUAGAUCUUGACUCCAUGGGUUAUCCUAAGUUACCAUCCUCCAUGUUAGGAGCUGGCAUGAUCUUGGUUAAUUCUUUUGAAGACCCUUUUGGCGACAUAUAUGGUGAAGGUGUCUGGAGAAAAUUCAGCAGAAGAGCUUCUAUCCUAAAUCGCAAUGUUGUCGCACUGGCUUCAUUCAAUGGAGAAAAAAGGUUUUUUGCAUGCACAGGUUUUUUUAUUGAAUGGAGUGGAUCUAAGAUGAUUUUGACAUCAGCGAGCUUGGUUAGAGAUUCUGGUGAUGAGAACAAGAUUGAUGAAAACUUGAGGAUUAAAGUGUUUCUUAACAACCAAUGCAAAGAAGGGAAGUUAGAGCAUUGCAAUCUACAUUACAACAUUGCUCUAGUCAGUGUCAAGUACCGUGCUCUUCGUCCAUUAAAUACGAGCUUUGAUUGCAAGUCUUCUAGAGUAGUGGCUGUAGGGCGUUGCUUCAAUUCUGGCACGUUAAUGGCUACUAGUGGUCGUCUAGUUCCUUGGACAGGCACACUUGACUGCCAGUUCCUCGCAUGUUCCACAUGUAAAAUUACUAAGGCUGGGAUUGGAAGCCCUCUUGUUAAUCUUGAUGGCAAUGUUAUUGGCAUGAACUUCUAUGACACAAGAAUUGGAACUCCUUUCUUAUUAUGGGAAGAGAUCUGCAAGAUUCUAGCAUCGUUUGAGACAAAAAGUGAAUCUAGUGGUGAUAUUGGCAAUGCCUCUGGUGCGUGUUUCUGGAAAAUGCCAAGAGAUGUCAAAAAUAAGGUUAACAGGUGGUCUGUGCCCAAGCCACGCUGGUGCCGUCCUGAAGAUGCUGAAUCUGAUGAUGAUGAUAAGUUAGCUUUUGAUGAUACUGGCCAGCUUCAAUACAGUUAUAUUUUGGGACGGAAAGUCAAGCUCCUUCGUCUCACAAUCCCCAUAUCGGUUCCGAUUGUUGAAGCUAAAUCCACUGAUGAGCCUGGAGUUGAUCCUUUCGCACAAAGGAAGCAAAAGAAGAAGCGGGUAGAAAAGCAAGGAAAAAACAGACUAGAGAACUUAAAGAAAGCUGCAAAAGUUGGUGCUUUGCCAAGUCAUAUACAACUUGCUGCAACGUCCUUGCCCAUCACAGGAACUAAAGCUGAUCUUCCGAAAAAAUCUAGAAAAGAGGAUCUUGAGAAUGUUGCUGGCAUGGGAUCUGCAACAGCAAGUGGUGGGAAGUUUGAUGAGAAGUUGCCUGGCGAGAAACCUCCAAAGCAUCCUGGCAAACAUAAAAAGUUUAUCCCAGUUGCUGAAGGGGAGGGAAUGGGCAACCUGGGGAAACAGCAGAAUGACAAAAUUCUGAUGUCUCUACUUGCCAGAAACUCUGAACAGCUUGAUGUUUGCAAGGCAAACACAAUGUACAAGGUGAAGAAGGAAAAGCGAAGAAGGAAAGACAGAGAGAUGUCCUCGAGAUCUGAUAAGCUCAAGCCCCAGAAGAAACCUUUCAAGAAAUCAUCUAAGAAAAAAGCUUAGGUCAACAUCUUUCUUGUGACUUGUUUUUGGAGGUGACCAUAGUUUUGAAUGCUCAAGGAGACCUGUUGCAUCUUCCUAUGUUUGAAUCUAUGGGAGAAUUACUGUUGUUCCUUUAUAACUGGUUAAGAGUUAUGACAUAGGCCUGAAUGAUGAUAUAACAAGAUCACAAAUCUCUGUUAUGCCCUGCUAUGUGCGUAUUAUAUUUUCAAAUUUUGUUUGAUGUGGUUUGCAAGUCAUCUGUAUUGAUUCCUGAAACCCAUUCCAAAGGAUGUCCUGACAAA